UGGUUAGGGAUGGCAGCAGCAAAUGAGAAAUCGGUGCAGCAGCAUUUGUACUUCUCGAGCUGUGGCGAGGAGGACAGUAGCGACAGCAGUGUGGAGGACUGGGUGCCCGUAAGUGUGUCGCUAAGAAGUCCGUCCUCUUCCUGCCGAACCCCAAGAGUGCAGCACCACCGCACAAGGAGUAACACCGUCUCACCAGCUGCGCCCUCCUCAUCAAUCCCUUAUGCUGCCUGGAGGAAGUUGAGGCUCUGUGAUUCCCCCAGUACACCGAAGAGCCUGCUAUCCAAGUCAGCGCUGCCUUACUCGAGCAGCAAGCCAUGUCGCACCCAGAGAGUCCUGUGCCGGCCUGCUCUGUCUGCCCAAGCACCCUCAGUCAAUGUUAACCCUUUCACACCAGAUACAGUGAGGAGAAACAGUGAGCAUUAUAAGAGGAAGAAUUGUAGAAGUGAUGGUGAUGAUGAUGAUGAUGAUGAUGGGCACAGGUCAAAGGAAACUCAAACGUCAUCUGAAGAUGAAUGCUAUUUUCUUCCAUCAAAGAGACCAGCAGUACCAGCCCUCAUGCUGUCACGUUAUGAGAGUGAGUUCCUGGAACUGGGCCGGAUCGGUGUGGGAGAGUUUGGUGCUGUGUAUCACUGCGUAAAGAGGCUGGAUGGCUGCAUGUACGCCAUCAAACGUUUGCGCAGGCCACUUGCAGGUUCUGCCAAUGAACAGCUGGCCUUAAAAGAGGUAUAUGCACAUGCUGUGCUGGGACAUCACCCACACGUUGUGCGCUACUACUCGGCUUGGGCAGAAGAUGACCAUAUGAUCAUUCAAAAUGAGUACUGUGAUGGUGGAAGCCUCCAUGAUGUCAUAAUGGAGAAAGAAGAACUGGGUGAGAUCUUUCAGGAGCCAGAGCUGAGGGAUCUGCUGCUUCAGGUCUCACUGGGACUCAAGUACAUCCACAUGUUAGGCCUGGUCCAUCUAGACAUCAAACCCAGUAAUAUAUUCAUCAGCCAUCAGCCUGGCUCCAGUGCUGGUGGAACAGGAGACAGCGAAGAGGAAGAUGAUGGGCACACUUCAUCAGGGGUAGUUUAUAAAAUUGGGGAUCUUGGUCACGUGACCUCCAUCUCAAGUCCUCAGGUGGAGGAAGGGGACAGCCGCUUCCUAGCAUGUGAAGUUUUGCGAGAGGAUUAUGCACAUCUACCCAAGGCGGAUAUCUUUGCCCUGAGCCUGACAGUGCUGUUAGCAGCUGGCGCUCCACCGCUGCCUCAGAAUGGAGAUGAGUGGCACCACCUCAGGCAGGCUCACUUGCCUCGCCUGCCCCACGAAUUAACACCAGCCUUAGGAAAUCUUCUACAGAUGAUGUUGGACCCUGAUCCGGCUAUGAGGCCGACUGCAUCUGCAUUGUGCAGGCACCCUGUGCUGCGCAGAGAAAGAACUGGAAAACUGGCUGCACAGCUGCGCAGAGAACUCAAUGUGGAGAAGUUCAGGACAGCAGUGCUUGAAAGAGAACUCCAGGAGGCUCGGUUAGCUGCUGUCUCACCUCAGCAACCUGCUCUCACCACAGGGCAUACAACCUCACAGGCUGGCUCGCUUCCUAGACCAGGACGGAGGCUGGUGGGGCGAAACACUGCUCGAUCCAUGAGCUUUGGAUGCCUGGGACACUGAACUUUUUUACUUAAUGUUUAACUUGUCUGGAGAUGCUUUGAGUUUUAUUCCCCCCCCCAAUGUGUGAAUGUCUCCAGAUUGUUACUUAGUGGAAGUCGGUCUUUUAAUUGACUUGGAUUUUAUCCUUGUAAAUAAAGUUUUUAAAUGCUUUAAUCGUAUGUUGCCUUGCCUGUCAUUCUCUAGAAACACUAUACAUUUGACUGUAGUCUGUACUGCUUGCUUAUCUUGCAUGUGCAGUGUCACUAGGGGAACUCCAACGGACAGUGUUCCUUCACAAAAGUCUUGUCUGAACAAGGUUUAGCUUCUGUUUAUCAUAAGGGCGAGGAAACAAAUAGGGACUUUCCAGCAUUUUCUAAAAUAGCCAUGCGGUUCCUACUGAGACACUCUGCAAGAGUCUUGUUUUGGUGGACACCUGGGCCAGGUAUUUAACAUUCUAGUUGCGUCAAUCAGUGCAAUUUUAGACCUGAGAUUUAUUUUUUUAAUUUUUUUUUUUUUAAAAGCUAUUGUCUAUCAAGACUGUUCUCUAGCUAUAGUCUUUCCCCUAAUUCUAGAAAAACUGACUUUCCGGCAAUGGCUGAAGAAGUUCGAGGGUCUGCAAAAAUUUCCGCCAUUCAUAACCAUGGCCACUUUCCUUUUGUAAAAAUACAUAUUCUGAAGGGUGGUCACUUUUCAAACGGUAUAAAACCACCUCAUCAAAUUUAAAUAAAUAAAAUACUACACGUCUCCAUUUGGAGGUGUGGAGAUCCACUUUUAAUCAAGUCGGCAUAUACGCCUGGACGAUGUACCACAAUACCCGAAACUGAUCUGUCUCGAGCUCCGCCCACGACACUUCCACUUGUAAAAAUGCGUAUUCUGAGGGGUGAUCCGUUUUCAAAGGGAAUAGAAACCGCCUCGUCUAAUUGUAAAAUCUAUCGCAGCUUUUAGAUUCUAAUUCUGUACCAAAGUAAUUCCAAUGAUGUCUUAAUGUAGCACUUUACAAACGCUAAAUAAAUUUAACUUUACACAUAUAUGAAACUGUACACCCCCAUCGUGGAAUGUUUACAUCGCCCAUGCACUUUCCUUUUGCUGUUCGUGAAACUACAAGGCGGCGAUAUAAAUUUGUCGCGGGAGAGAGAGAGCGAUGAAGAUAAAUAAACGAUGUGUUGCUCGCACUCUGAUAAGUUUCCUCGAGUUAUGAAUGAAUGAAAGGCAGUAACCCCCUGCUGCGGUGCUACAGGACCAGUGAUAAGCCUGUGAUUUAGUGACUUAAUAAAUAAGUGGAGCGUCUUGAACGGUUGCAUCCAGAGGGAAGCAGUCACAUAAUCCUCCUCGAGGGGUUUGAAGUAUAAUUUGAGCCACCUUUUGAUUGGUAUGCUUGUAGGUGAGCGGUGGAUUGAUUAGAG